UUGACUUUGUGCGCAUGCGCAGUAAAUUAGACGACGGCUCUAUGCUAGUCAUGUUGUAGCUUUUCGGUUGCAGGUUUUUAUUUUGUGUUUUAUUUAAUAAGAAGAAACGGGCUCUCCGGCGGAGAUGGAGAUCCGUAAAGCCUGUCUUGGAACAGCUGGCCGCUUCAUGAUGGACAUCAUGCAGUUUGAAUGGGAACCUCUAGGUCACUGGGAGCUCGACCAGCGUCUGGACCAGGCAGUGGAGGAGAUGAUAGAAUCUGACCUGAUGGCCAGCAUCCAGGCUCAGUGUAGUCCUGUUCUAAUGCAAGUGUCUCCACAAGAAGACUUCAUACCUUUUACCCAAGAUCAAGCUCAAACUGUGACCAUUCAUUUGUCAGAGCAGCCUGUCUCAGCUCUGUUUCAGGAGGAGGGAAGUGUCUCUGAGCAGCAGGAGCAUGUCGGAGAAAUAGAGGGAAACCCCACUGUUCAGUACAUCACAGCUCUCCUCCAGAACUCGAGCUCUAGUCACAGUCAGAGCCGGAUGACUGGGAGAGCCCGUUUGUCCCUGCCCCACACUGUCUUUUUGUCCCUCACCCUGCUCUCCAAACGCCUCAGCUACCGCAGCGUCUCCUCUACCUUCCACCUGGAGAAGGGCAACAUCCACAGAAUCUUCUUCUCUUUCUGUGACAGAGUCAGUGCACUGCAAGACCAGCUGAUUCGAUGGCACACUGGCGAGGAAUCUUUACAGUACAUGCUUCCCUUCUGCAGCUGGCUGGGUUGGGAUGAGCGUCUGGAGGAGCGGGGUUUACCUCGGAUCUUUGGGGUGUUGGGACACACUCGCAUUCCCAUUCGGCUUCCAAUCAGCAAGCAGGAUGUGGAAAGUGCCACGCCGGACACGAAGAGACUGAAGAAGGAGCCGCAUCCGGACUCCUGGCUGAACCUGGAGCUGGUGUGUAACAGUGAGGGUCGGUUUAUGCACUGUCACAUCAGCAGAGGCUCCGACAGGCACAGGGCGAGCAGCCUGAGCGAGAAACUCCAGCAAAACCCACAACUCAUGCCUCCAGGAAGCUGCCUGUUGGCCAGAGUGGGCUACCCGCUUACUGGACACAUACUGACGCCGUUCUCCCCAGGCAGAAGCCCACAGGAAAACCUUUACAACAGGUCUGUGGAGGCUCACCUGGGUCGCUUCGACCAGGCUGUGGCUGACUUGAAAGAACGCUUUCAGAAACUGAGAUAUUUGGACAUGGCCAACUUUGAGAGGGCAAAAGCUGUGGUGUUAACAUGCUGUAUCCUCCACAAUGUGUUUCUGGACAUGGGGCAUGUGAUUAAAGGGCAGGUGGAGCGGGAGAUGAGGGAAGAGGAGGGGGAGGAGGGAAUGAGCGAGGAGGCUGGUGUAGCUUUAAGGGAUACUGUAGUAAAUCUGUUGUACAGUGCCUUAGAGUCUGGGACAGCGUAAUGUGUGAAACUUCAAUUAGUUUCAUGUUUCCUAAAUUGUUACUGAAAUAAUGUGUAUUAAUUUGUCUACUGUAUUUUUUUUUAUUUAAUUUAAUAUAUAAUGUGUGAACACUACUGGUCAGAAUGUUUUCAAGCACUAGUGGUUGGUGCUUUCACACCUACUUUUAGACUUUGUUCCAAUUCAAAAUAACAGGUGUGAAUGGGUCGUGGACCAUGGUUCAAACCAAUGGACCAAACAAAUGAGAUGUUAAAAAUAAAGGAAGGUUAAAAAAAAUAAAUAAAAUAAAUUAGGUUAAAGGUCACCUCAACUCAGAAGUCGAGGGGAUGUUCAAUACAUUUGGUAAAUUCACACCUACCUUGUUUGGUCCAGAUUAUUAGACUUUGGUCUGAACCAAAACAUUAGAAGUGAAUGGUGCCAUACAAACCAUGGUUCUAACCACAGGACCAAACUUUGGUCUGACCAAAAGAUUUGGGCUUAGUUCAGAUCUACUGAAUCAUGGUUGGGUUGUUUUGCAAUGUGAAACCACAUUUUUGGAUGAUUCAGACAUUUGGACCAAUUACAGGAAGAUAAGGCAAGCUGCUGUCAUCCAUUAAAAGUGGGAGAUUAUACUUUGUUUUACACAAGAUAGAACAGGUAUAUGGGCUGUACAAAGUAAGAUCAUUUCUCACAUGAAGAGAUCUCACCAGCUAUAUUCUUGCUAAUUUGAUUCCCUUUCAGAAUGAGCCUUUUAAGGGCUCUGUCUCUUUUAUGCGAAAUAGGCUGUUGAUGUCCACUCCAUCUAUACGCUUUGUGUUUACCAGGUUAGCUUGUGUUAAACAACAAAACACAAACAUGAAAUAGUUUAUGCUUACCUGUGAUAGAAGCACUGGUAACUUGCCACAGACAGUAGGUACAGACCCAUCCAUCAGACAAAGUUUAAUGGCUAUUCCUGCUGUGUGCUCUCUGUGGAUCUCAACCAAAACAACCAAAAUGGCAUAUCUUCAGCUGAUCUAGUGGGUGGGGCUCUGGUGGUGGUUGAUGGGUGGAGAGUGGUGUCAAUUCUUUUAACUGAUGUUUACAGGGGCAGUCGAGACCGAAGUAGAAAUACAAAAGCAUGCAAUAAGUGAAUUUUGCAUAAUAUACCCAUGCAAUAUACAUAAUUUGCACACACAAUGCACCCUAAUGCAAAUAUCCAAUGUAUUGUAUUUAUUUAUUUAUUUUAAUAAAAACAUUUGUCUUGUG